AUGAUACAUUAAGUUUAAAGUAAUAAAUAGGUACAAUUUAAGAAGAACUCAUUUUUAUCAGCAAAAAAUUAAGAGGGUGGAUUAACUUAUGCUCGAGCUAUGUAUGGUCCUGGAAGAUUGAUUCGUGAACAAGUCUUUGAUGCUAUUCAAAAAUAAAUAGAAACGAUGGAUAGGUUAGAUGAAUUUGUUAUUACAAAUUCAAUAAGUGGAGGAACUGGGUCAGGAUUUUUUUCUAUGUUAUCCGACAUGUUGCCUGUUGAUUUUGAUAAAGUAAGAUAAAAUGGAUUUAUAAUUUUCCCAUCUUCUGAGAUGUCGAAUAAUAUUGUUGAAGUUUAUAAUGCUGGGUUCUCGUUUCGUGUUAUCAAUUAGAACUUUGACAGCAUCACUGUGUUUGAUAAUUAGUCUAUGUACGCGGAGUAC